AUGGACAGUUUGGAACAAAAUGCUCGUGAAAAUAAUGUAGAGAUAGUAAAUAUUCCAGAAAAGCAGAAUGAAAAUUUGAUCGAGAUCGUAAAAAAGGUGGGAGAGUUCGCAGGGAUGAUUAUUGAGUCGUCUUCUUUGUCCUCUGUUGUACGUGUACCCACUAGGGUUGAAAAUAGACCGAAAAAUAUCAUAGCCAAGUUCAUUUCUAAAUCAAAAAGAGACGAAUUUCUGUCUACUAUUAAGAAUAAGCGCGGUACGAAUGGCGGAAGAAAUGGUUUUAGCUUGGACGGCCUCUCCAAUAAAUUUUACGUAAAUGAGCACCUCACAACAAAAAAUAAAAGCAUUUUUCGGUCUGCCCGUAUCACAGCCAGGGAAAAAAAUUAUAAGUUCGUCUGGACUCAAAACGGAAACAUCCUCAUGAGGAUGAAUGAAACAUCCAAAAUCAUUCAUAUACAGAAUGAGUCAGACUUGGCCAAGUUCAAAUAA